AUGGGCAAAUCUCCAUACGUCCCAUUCUUGACGCCCAUACCCACAGCUCACACAAGCAUGGCGGAAUCGACCUCAAAGCCCUUCAUGAUGCAGCUUCGCGAAGCACUCGUGCGCUCAAAGCGUAGACUGAAGAAACGACUGCAGCUGCGAUGGAACGAGUCAGGUUCGGUCUUCAAGACCGCGACAAUGGAACGAGCUGGCAAUAGCGACCUGGACGGCUGGCCUCUGAUCAGGGCUUCGUUGGAUGCUCUGGAGUCUAGUGCUGACUGGUUCGGACCAAUGAAAGCUGCGAUCGGCCCGCUGAUUGAAUGCGUCGAAGUCUAUGAGCGCGAGUGCGAUGGGCGCAAAGAGAAACUCAAGCUACGGAAGAAGCUGAACGCAAUAAUGCAUGAUCUCACAGAGCUCAAGAAGCAUCCAGCUGGAUUCGCAAUGACUGGUAGCAUUCAGUGUAUCAUUCGAGAUAUUCAAGAGGAGGCGGAGACAAUCAAUGAUGAAAACAAAACGGCAAUAUCGACAGGAAGACGACUGAGAAGUAUAAUGGAAGGAACAGGAGAGAUACUCGAGUGCUACAGUCGCAUCGACGAGCACCUUCAGCGAUUGGCGCGUAACGUGAAUCUAAGAAUAAUGGACACUAUAUACGAACAGGCGAAGGAUUCACGUCUGACCCAGAUUCUGUCCGCCGAGUCUGCGUUUUACGACUCGGGAGACGUCAAACGAGGCGGCUGUGCUCCAGGAACUCGCGAGCCGCAAAUCAAGAUGCUCAUAGAAUGGGCAUCCAAUCCAGACUCCGGAAGAACGUGCUGGAUGAAUGAAAUGGCUGGCACAGGCAAGACCACCAUCGCAUAUACCGUGUGCAAAAUGCUUGGCAGUCAGCUAGGAGCCAGUUUCUUUUGCUCCCGCGCCAUCUCCGAGUGCCGGCAGGUCAAGUCAAUCAUACCGUGUAUCGCGUAUCAGCUCGCUCGGUUCUCUGUUCCUUUUAGCGGUGCCCUCGUCAAGGCUUUGAUGGCAAGCCCCGAUGUGCAUCUUCGGAGUCUGAAGCAGCAGUACGAGAAGCUUAUUUUUGAGCCAUCGGUCGAAGUAAAAGAAUCGCUACCUGCGGAUGUAAUCAUUGUGAUAGAUGCGUUGGACGAGUGCGAGGAUCCCGACAGCGUUGGCCAAAUCCUCGAUCUGCUGCUCUCACCGGACUACAAGCUUCCGAUUCGCUACUUUGUCUCGAGCCGACCUGAAAAAGAGAUAUGUGCGCGGAUGGAGGCAAGGACCAGCGAAUCCGGGGACAUACCGCUGGUACUAUACGACCUGCAGUCGGACAUAGUGGCGGCGGAUAUCAAAAGAUAUAUGCAACUUGAGCUGAAAGACGUUAGGCUAAAUGAUGAGCAAUGGUCGAAGGUCCUUAAGCAAUGCGGAGUGCUAUUUAUCUACGCAUCAACAAUGUGUCAUUUCAUCAAGCAAGGCCAUGCAACGGACACCCUGGAUGAGUCGCUUGAGGCAAUCAUAAACUCGUCGUAUAUACCAGUGGAAGGCGAACAGCCUAUCGACAGCCUAUACUCAACAAUACUCACAAGCGCCUUCAAGAGAUCCGGAAUGAGCAAGGGCAACAUGGAACGAAUGAAAGCGGUACUCGGAUCGGUGAUAUGCGCAGUUGAGCCGAUGAAGCGCGACACCAUUGUCAGUCUCCUCAGGCUAAACAGCCUCCAGCAUUUGGACUCUUUGUUGCAGCCGUUGCGUUCUGUGCUCAACAUCUCAAAGGAAAGCGGGCUGGUGACCACGCUGCAUGCGUCCUUUCCAGAUUACUUGCUAUCCCGUGACCGAUCUGGCGAAUUUUGGUGCGAUGCAGCACGCCGACAUACAGCGCUGGCAGAAGCGUGCCUACAAGCGAUCGAGGCGUCAGAGCCAAAGAUGAACAUAUGCGGCCUCCCUUCCUCUCAUUUGCUAGACAGCGAAGUGGAAGGCCUCAACGAGCGAGUGCAGCGCGCAAUCUCACCCGGCCUUGCUUAUGCAUGCCAGCACUGGCCAAAACACCUAGGCCGCGGCGAGUAUCGAGCAGCGUUAGUCGAUCGUGUGCGCACCUUUUUCUUCGAUAAUCUGCUACUGUGGAUGGAAGUCGCCAACCUACUCAAGAAAAUGCGCCACGGCACCGGCAUCAUUCAGCAAGCAGAAAGAUGGUGUACGAAAACCACUAUACCCGAAGACGUAUCAAGAAUCGCUCAUGACGCUGUGCACUUCGUAUCAGUAUACGCCAACCACCCCACAUCCGAGAGCACGCCACAUAUAUACAUAUCCAUGCUUCCCUUUUGGCCUGCAUCCCGACCGGUCUCGAUUGCAUACAUGCCAAGAACAGCCGGACUCGUAAAGCCACAAGGCACGGCAAUCAGCCAGCGAGUGCUAUCGCUGUUGGCCACCUGGAAGGUCUCGCGCGGGCUAGUCCGUUCGAUGAGUCUGUCAGCUGACGGAACUCGACUCGCAGUCCCCGCUAAGCGCAGCAUCGAUAUACUCGACACGUUUACCGGCGAAGUGAUUGUCAGUCUCACCAGCCAGCUCGUACAACGGGUUGAGCAUUUUGCUACGUCCCCCGACGGCACUCAAGUGGCAGUCCGCGGUAUCAACUCUACCCUGCAGCUAUGGAACGUGAACAAAGACGAUACCACUACCGAGCUUCUACCAAGUACUGGCUCAAGUAUUUACUCUGUCGCAUUUUCAUCCAACGCAUACCACAUCGCUUGUGGCUUGGGUAACGGAGACAUAUACAUCUGCUCGUUGAGCACAGACAAACCCCCACUUGGGCCACUCAAGGGACACAAUGAUAGAGUCAGUUCGGUCGCUUUUUCUCCUGACUGCUUGCAUCUCGCAUCUGGAUCAUGGGACAACACAGUCCGCAUCUGGGAUGUGCGAACUGGACAUUCCAUUGGACAGCCUUUCACAGGUCAUACAGAUAGCAUCACCUCAGUCUCGUACUCCCCUGAUGGCUCACACAUCGUCUCCGCCUCCAAUGACUUCAGUAUCCGAGUGUGGGAUAUACGAGCCGCACAGACCGUUCUAGGACCGCUCAAAGCACAUUCCGGCUGGGUUACCUCUGCUACCUUCUCCCCCAACGCUGUUUUCAUCGCAUCCGCAUCAGUUGAUAAGACCAUCCGAGUGUAUGACGCACUCACCGGCAGCACAGUGCUUGGUCCUCUACAGGCCCACACCCGCUGGGUCAACUCGGUCAUAUUCUCUCCUGAUAGGUCUCGCCUGUUCUCUUGCUCAGACGAUGGCACUGUGCGCAUAUGGAACGUGCAAGAUGCGGCCGUGUCGAACGCCCAACCUUCAGCCACAGGUCCUUCUGGGGCAAUAGCGUCCAUCCGGCACUCGCGCAGCGGACUUCGAGUCGUCUCUGGCUCAUCCGACGGGGCUGUUCGUGUGUGGAAUGCAGAGACCGGAAAACUAGUGCUGGGGCCGUUGAGCGGACACAAUAGUACUGUUUCGUGUGUUGACUACUCACCAAGCGGCAGAUACAUCGCAUCUGCUUCAUGGGAUUGCACCUUGCGAAUCUGGGAUGCAGACACUGGACAAGACGUCCACGGGGCAAUCCGAGGUCAUAACCACGCACUGCGAUCCGUGCGGUUCUCUCCGGACGAGUCGACGAUUGUGUCUGGGUUGGAUGGCGGUGCAGUUCGACUAUGGGAUGUCAAGACCGGCCAGUGCGUGUUGCAGCCACUCCAAGGUGGCUCAGCAGUUUGGUCGGUCGGAUUCUCUCCCGAUGGUCAGCGUGUUGUCUCUGGCUUCCGUGAUGGAACGCUGCGGGUGAUAGACCGACGGACAGGCGAGACGGUGGUUGGCCCAGUCCACGGACACAGUGACACCGUCAACUCAGUCGAGUUCUCGCCAAACGGAAUCCAAAUCGUCUCAGGGUCGGAUGACAACUCAGUCCGAGUAUGGGAUGCGCAGACCGGAUUGCAGGUUACGGUUUGUGGAGGGGAUGGCGUGUCACAUGACUCCGGCGUGACCUCUGUUGGAUUCUCGCCCAAUGGUCUCUACAUCGUGUCUGGCUCUGAGGAUAAUACUGUGUGCGUGUGGGAUGCGCAUACGGGGAAGAUGCUGCUCGGACCACUGAGGAGACACACCAACGUGAUACGAUGCGUGCAGUUCUCACCCGACAGCUCACACGUUGUCUCAUGUUCAUCCGACGGCACUAUCCGGUUCUGGGACGUCUCGAGUUGCGCAACGAAGUCACGGACACGGGAGCAGAUGGCUGGAGGUGAAAGCCAAGCAGCCAACCCUGGCCAGGAUCACAGCAAAGCGCUCGACUCUUGGACUCUCGACCGCGACGGCUGGGCAGUAGACUCAGAGAAUCGGCGGCUGGUAUGGGUGCCAUCGGAUCUCCGCAUCCCACUUGCUAUUCCUCCAAAUGAUUUAGUGAUAUCUCCUCAAGGGUGCUGGAGACUGGGGUUUGUGGGGGCCAUGAUGGGAGGAGCCUGGGCUGGCUGUUACCGUCUUUGA